AGUAGUAAGAAAAAUUCUAGAAUAUUUAUCUUUUUUUGUUUUUUUGAGCAACCGAAUAUUUAUCUUUUCAAUUCAUGGAUUUUGUUCUGAAACUUGUUGCGUUCAUACUCAUAGUUUAUGUAGUUCAAUCUAGAGAAACUGUGAGAGAUUUGAAAUCCUUCAAGUUAAAUAAGAAUACCAUAUAUGAUUGUGUGGAUAUAUAUAAACAACCUUCAUUGAGUCAUCCACUACUCAAAAACCAUAAAAUUCAGCUUGAACCAUCUUUCUCAAUCUCCAAACCGAAAAAACAAAUUAAAACUGGAGGUGAAAGAAAAAAAAUCAUUGAGUGUCCUAGUGGAACAGUUCCUAUACUCAGAAAUACGAAAGAAUAUGUCGCAAAUGCUCAAUAUUGGACAGAAAAACAUUUUAACCCGUUUACCGUCGAAAGUCAUGGGACACAUAUUGCUGGAGUAAGAUCACAAGGCCAAGGUCCUUACCAUGGUUUGGCAGCUUGGAUGAGUAUGCAUAAUUUGAACAUUAGUAAAGACCAAGCUUCGUAUGCUAGCAUAUAUGUAGGCAGUGGAGUUAACAACAAAGUUAACUUUAUCCAAGCUGGUUGGAUGGUAAAUCCAAAAUUAUUCGGUGAUGGACGGACAUGGAGUUAUGGGUAUUGGAAGGGAGCUAAUGGAGCCGGUUGUUACAAUACAAUAUGUCGUGGUUUUGUUCAAGUGUCAAAAACUGAUGUUUUAAGUGGACCUUUACCUUAUGAUCCCAAAGGGGAAGAGGGUAUAUAUUUUAGUAUCGCACAGGAUAAAGAAUCAGGAAAUUGGUGGAUAACCGAAGCAGAUGAACGAAUAGGUUAUUGGCCAAAAGAAUUGUUUGAUCUUAUAAGUAAUAGUGUAGACAUGAUUGGAGUUGGAGGAAUAGUUCAAGCUUCUCCUUCUGGUGUUAGCCCUCCAAUGGGUAACGGCCAUCUACCAACUGAAGAUGACAAUGCGUCGGCACGCGUCAGAAAACUUGAAAUCUUGGAUUCCAAUUUUGAGAUCCAGGAAAGUGGUAAAUACAAGUUAGAAAAAUUAUUAGACAACGAUAAAUGUUAUGGCUUAAAAGGUGGAAGAAAGAAACCAAUGUUGUUCACAUAUGGUGGACCUGGAGGAGCUUCAUGUGGAAUCUAAUAUUAUAGUAAAAUCUAUGUAUUUGAUUAUUAUAACCCCUAAAUAAUUUGGACUUCAUGUUUCAUGUUCGUUCAACUUCUCGAAAUA